AAACGCGCGUUAUUGACUUCAAAGGAAGAUUUUGAUUAAUUGAGUGGUCGUCACGGCGUGACAAUUGCUUCUCUGCGUUGAACCAAGAAAGCGUACAUGGCGGCCAACCUUUUCUUCAUCUAUUCCAUUGACUAUUUCCUCUGUUCCAUCAAUUCCCCUUCUUCCUUUCUAAUUUUCCCUUCUUCUCGUAUCGCAAACACCAUCAUCAUCAACAAAACCCAUCAACGGCGACGGCGACAUGAGGACGUCCUUAAAGAAACUAAAGGGUUUCUCCAUAUCAGCCAGUACCAAAAGAAAUCACCUUGCCGGAGAUACAAAACCGCCUCUUCAACCCCACUAUGAUGAACUUUCUCAGGCUUCACAGGAUGUGAAGGAGAUGAAGGAGUUCUAUGACAGUUUGAUUUCUGCAGCAGCAGCAACUUCUAACAGUGCAUAUGAAUUCUCAGAAUCAUUGAAUGAAAUGGGUACUUGUCUUCUCGAGAAGACUGCAGUCAAUGAUGAUGAAGAAAGAGGCAGAGUUCUGCUAAUGCUGGGAAAAGUUCAGUUUGAACUUCAGAAACUAGCUGACAAUUAUCGAUCGCAUGUUGUGAAAACAAUUCAAAAUCCAUCGGACUCCCUUAUUACUCAGCUCGAAACACUCGAGGAUAUGAAGAGACAAUGCGAUGAGAAAAGAAGAACGUACCAAGAAAUGUUAUCAAGUUAUAGAGAAAACGGGAGAUUUAAAGGCAACAACAGAACAGAAAGUAUCUCUUAUAAGCAAUUGGAAGCAGCUCGUGAUGAAUACGAGGAGGAGACUAAUUUGUUUGCGUUCCGUUUGAAAUCUUUGAAAGGAGCGCAAUCCCACAGCCUACUCACGCAGGCGUCUAGGCACCAUGCUGCGCAGUUGUGCUUCUUCAGGAGGGCUCUCAAAUGCCUUCAAUUGAUCGAACCAUAUGUUAAACGGAUUGCUGAAGAACAACAUAUCGUUUACCAGUUCAGGGAGCUUGAAGAUGACGAGGACGAUAAUGAAGCCAGUUAUAUGGAGGAGGAUAGCAUUGAUAAUGAUGGAAAGAGCAAUUAUGACAGUGAUGAUGUUGAGCUCAGUUUCAGCUAUGGGAAAUUGGACGAGAAGAAGGAGAAAGACAUGACAACCGUUUCUUCUUCCCCCACAAAGUCAAUGGAGCUAGAAAGUACAGUUCACCCGUCUCCAACACUAGGUGUUGUUGAAGUAGUCAAGGAGAAACUUGAGAGUAAACGUGGGCUGCGUUUACCUAUCGCUGUUUGUCGAGAAAAUAAGAUCAUUAGUCAAUCGGCGCCAAUCUUGAGUACAAAGAAAGGUGAUCAUGCUCCUGAAAGGUCUGCACAAUUACAGCAGUCAUCUUCAACAAAGAAGAAGAUCCACUCUUAUGUAUUGCCCACUCCAGAGAAGCCUAAGAAUUCAGAUCCCAGACCAUUUUUUGGUAGGGACGUCAAAAACUACUUGCAUUCAUCUCCUCUUCAACAGAAAAAAAUGGAAGAAGAGAGAGCACCGUCUGUACCCACCACUAACCACCGGACAUCAAGUCCCUUCUCCACUCCUCUCCUCCCCCUAGAGGAGAAGCUGAUGAGACCCCAUAUUGGUACAUAUAAUAAUAAUAAUAAUAAUAAUACAGAAGUGGAAAGAAAUAAAUUCAGAAGAAUGGCGUUUUCAGGUCCUUUGAACAAGCCAUCAUCAUUGGUGAAUGGUCCUGUGUUUCUGAAAGGAAAACCUCUCCUGUUUUCAGGACCUUUGUUUAACAAAAGUCCCACAUCAUCACCUCCCAAACUAUCUCCCGGUUCUUCACCUACUAGAAUAUCAUCCCCCAUCAUAAGUGAGCUUCACGAACUUCCUAGACCUCCUCCUACUCAUCAUCACGGUCAACAACUGGUUCAUUCAGGGCCAUUGCCGUCAAUAAGAAAACAGGGAAGUCCGAUUGCAAACAAAUUAUCAGGAUUGAAGAUGGCUCUGCCUCCACCUCUCAUGCUACCACCACCACCAAUACCACCGCAAACAGUGCCGCGUAGUUUCUCAGUUCCCUCUAAUGUGAAAAGGGUGGUGAGUAGUGAAGAAGCAAGAAUAGGAACAGAUUUGUCUUCUCCCCCACUCACACCAAUUGUGUUACCAAUAAUAAUUCAUGCUACUGCUAGUGCUACUUAGAGAGUGUGUGUAUGUGUCCUUAUUCAAACAAUAUGACUGUGUUUAGACUUGGUUUUUAUUUAUUUAUUUAUUAAUGUAUUAAUUGGAAAAUUGAAUUA